AUGGUAGUUAAUAAGUUAUAUUCCAUUGUAGAUGUUAAUACUUACUGUGUUAUAUUGAUAAUACAGGUAGUUAAUAAGUUAUAUUCCAUUGAAGAUGUUAAUACUUACUGUGUUAUAUUGAUAAUACAGGUAGUUAAUAAGUUAUAUUCCAUUAAAGAUGUUAAUAUUUACUGUGUUAUAUUGAUAGUACCAUCUAUUAAUGAGUUAUAUUCCAUUGAAGAUGUUAAUACUUACUGUGUUAUAUUGAUAAUACAGGUAGUUAAUAAGUUAUAUUCCAUUGUAGAUGUUAAUACUUACUGUGUUAUAUUGAUAAUACGGUCUAUUAAUAAGUUAUAUUCCAUUGAAGAUGUUAAUACUUACUGUGUUAUAUUGAUAAUACAGGUAGUUAAUAAGUUAUAUUCCAUUGUAGAUGUUAAUACUUACUGUGUUAUAUUGAUAAUACCGUCUAUUAAUGAGUUAUAUUCCAUAGAAGAUGUUAAUACUUACUGUGUUAUAUUGAUAAUACAGGUAGUUAAUAAGUUAUAUUCCAUUAAAGAUGUUAAUACUUACUGUGUUAUAUUGAUAAUACCGUCUAUUAAUGAGUUAUAUUCCAUUGAAGAUGUUAAUACUUACUGUGUUAUAUUGAUAAUACCGUCUAUUAAUGAGUUAUAUUCCAUUAAAGAUGUUAAUACUUACUGUGUUAUAUUGAUAAUACAGGUAGUUAAUAAGUUAUAUUCCAUUAAAGAUGUUAAUACUUACUGUGUUAUAUUGAUAAUACCGUCUAUUAGUAAGUUAUAUUCCAUUGAAGAUGUUAAUAUUUACUGUGUUAUAUUGAUAAUACCGUCUAUUAAUGAGUUAUAUUCCAUUAAAGAUGUUAAUAUUUACUGUGUUAUAUUGAUAAUACCGUCUAUUAAUGUUAAUACUUACUGUGUUAUAUUGAUAAUACAGGUAGUUAAUAAGUUAUAUUCCAUUGAAGAUGUUAAUAUUUACUGUGUUAUAUUGAUAAUACCGUCUAUUAAUGAGUUAUAUUCCAUUAAAGAUGUUAAUACUUACUGUGUUAUAUUGAUAAUACAGGUAGUUAAUAAGUUAUAUUCCAUUGAAGAUGUUAAUACUUACUGUGUUAUAUUGAUAAUACAGGUAGUUAAUAAGUUAUAUUCCAUUGUAGAUGUUAAUACUUAUUGUGUUAUAUUGAUAAUACCGUCUAUUAAUAAGUUAUAUUCCAUUGAAGAUGUUAAUAUUUACUGUGUUAUAUUGAUAAUACAGGUAGUUAAUAAGUUAUAUUCCAUUGAAGAUGUUAAUACUUACUGUGUUAUAUUGAUAAUACCGUCUAUUAAUGAGUUAUAUUCCAUUGAAGAUGUUAAUAUUUACUGUGUUAUAUUGAUAAUACAGGUAGUUAAUAAGCUAUAUUCCAUUGUAGAUGUUAAUAUUUACUGUGUUAUAUUGAUAAUACCGUCUAUUAAUAAGUUAUAUUCCAUUGAAGAUGUUAAUAUUUACUGUGUUAUAUUGAUAAUACAGGUAGUUAAUAAGUUAUAUUCCAUUAAAGAUGUUAAUACUUACUGUGUUAUAUUGAUAAUACCGUCUAUUAAUAAGUUAUAUUCCAUUAAAGAUGUUAAUAUUUUAUUAUAUAUGAUGUCAUGUUAA